CUUUUCUUUUCACUUAGGUGGUUCCGUCCUCGUUCUUUUACGGGGAGUAGGCCAUUGUUAGAUUUUGUUAAUUUUGACCUUGCUAGAACUAUCAAGAAACAUCCAAAAUGGUGAAUUUUACUGUAGACGAAAUUCGUACAAUGAUGGACAAAAAACGGAAUAUCCGUAAUAUGUCCGUCAUUGCACACGUAGACCACGGCAAAUCUACAUUAACGGACUCUUUGGUAUCAAAAGCUGGAAUUAUUGCAGGCGCUAAGGCAGGAGAAACAAGAUUUACUGAUACACGAAAAGAUGAACAGGAACGUUGCAUCACUAUCAAAUCAACUGCCAUUUCUAUGUACUUUGAACUUGAUGAUAAAGAUUUAGUGUUCAUUACUAAUGUAGACCAACGUGAAAAAGAUGAAAAAGGUUUCUUAAUCAAUUUAAUAGAUUCUCCUGGACAUGUAGACUUUUCAUCAGAAGUAACAGCUGCACUACGUGUCACUGAUGGUGCCCUUGUUGUUGUUGAUUGUGUCUCUGGUAAGUCGUAUUUGUUUCAAUUAAUCAGUAAAAACUGAUAUAGAAGUCACAAU